AAAGACUUCCUUUGUUAUCGACAACAAAAUUGCUAAAAAACAAAUCCUUCACUGAGAUGACCUCUACAAGACCUUACCUGAUUAAAAAAAAAAUUCAAGACGGGUGAAAUCAGUUGCUGCCAUUCUAUGUACUACAAACUCACAAACACACAGGGUGGUAAUAUGUUUUCUUUUAAACCAUAAUGCCUAAUAAUACUGUUGGUCUCAUUUUUGUGUGCCAUUCUAUCUUAUGCCAUUGAGAUUUGGACAAAUCACAACCACAACUAUAAUAAUAUGAAUAUAAACCUAUGUAUUGGUAAUUCCAGCUAUUAUGGUCAAAGUAGCAUUUUUUCAAAAACUUGGUUGUGCAACAUCUGCAUGUGCUUUCUGGGCAUGCCUUUGUGUGGCUGUAUUUACCAUAGUUCCAUGUGAUCAUGUAAUGUAAUCUUGUAUACAAUAUAAUCGAGUCAACAAUAUUUUGUAGUAGCUAGUUAAGCACUACCCUAGUUUAACUCAAAAAGAGCACUGAACACAUGCUACAGGAGAGGAGGAGGGCAGAGAGAGAAGACACUGUUAUUUCUCAGAAGUAGGCCAACGACAACGUCACUUUUUUCAAUUGGUAUUUCACAAUUUCAUGAUGCUCUACAACUUUCACUUACAGGAAGCGAUCGGUCAAGAGGUCAAGCCAGACAAUUCUCUGUAAUCAAGUUUCUUCACUUAACUGAGAUCACCUCACCUCGGCGUUGCCUUUCUCGGUCAAGUGAUUAUUUUGCACAACAGUGAGUAAUACUGUGUGCAGUGAUGAGUUUACUAGAGUGAGUAACUCUGAAUACCUCGUGGUAUUGAUGAAAGCCUCGGUACUCUCCCUCUCAGCACUUUUCAGUAGGCUAAUUCUUCCAGAUUCAGUUACAUAAUAUAAGAUCAAAUGCUUAACAGCUAGUUUUAUAGAGACAAUUUACCUAUAAAGAAAGACAUAUAGCAUUUCAAAUGUUUCUCCAGAAAGCACUUCAGUGCAUCUCCGGAAGAUCACUGAUGUAAAGUGCAUAAUAAAUGAAAUGUAUUAUUAUUAUUAUUAUUAAAAUGACACAGAGACAUCUGUGUUAGUCUUUUUGUUUAUUCUGUCUAGAAGUCCAGCUCCAUCACCCUUCAUCCUCUGAACCGUGUGAACUCUGCUCAUACAAACACACAGAAACUGGGGUUUAUGGGCAGGGUAUUCUCCUGACGAGAUUAAGUAGAGGAGGGUACCAUGUGGAGGCCAUGCAGAGGCAAGCCACCGCCUGGAUGGCUUCUUAGGCACCCAGAACUCUCAGAUAGCGCAAGGAAAACCUGUGAAGGUGUAUUCCUUGUGCUGAUAAGCCUGUUGGGUGGUAAAUCAAUCAGCCAUUGUUCGGCGAUGUGCAUGCACGCCGUUUUUUGUUGUACUUCCUGCCCCUCUCACUACCAUCACCUCCCUCUUCUUCUUUUUUUUCUGCUGAGGUUAAUAUUUAAUUUAUUGCCCAUGAGGACGGGAAAAAAAUACAUAUAAGGAUUCAGCACCUGUGGAGUCAUUUGGAAUCCACCAGCAAGAGCACUGAGAAGAGGAAGCAUGAAUUCCUUUUUUAGAUGGCUGUGGUGUCAGAAGAACUAUGUGAUCGUUGUUCUGGUCCCACUCCUCUUCCUUCCUUUGCCAAUCGUAGUGCCAACAUCGGAGGCUAAAUGUGGCUACGCGAUCAUCGUGAUGGCUCUGUACUGGUGCACGGAGUGCAUGCCACUGGCGGUCACGGCUCUGCUCCCCGUCGUUCUCUUCCCCUUGAUGGGCAUCAUGGAGCCCGAACAGGUCAGCGUUCAGUACCUGAAAGACACCAACAUGCUGUUCAUCGGUGGGCUACUGGUGGCCAUCGCCGUGGAGAACUGGAACCUGCACAAGCGCAUCGCUAUUGGAGUCCUGCUGCUGGUGGGAGUGCGGCCUGCUCUGCUGAUGAUGGGUUUCAUGGGCGUGACGGCCUUCCUCUCCAUGUGGAUCAGUAACACGGCCACCACGGCCAUGAUGCUGCCCAUCGCUCAGGCCGUCCUGGCCCAGCUGGCCACCACCGAGGCCGAGGGCGACGAGAGGGAGUUGCGUGGUGGCACCAGCAACCAGGGCUUUGAGAUGGAGGACGUCAAAGACAGCAAGCCGCCCGCGGAGGACUUUAACAAAACCCACACGGAUAUGGAACAGGGGGCUGACUCGGCUGUUGAGCAAAGGAGGAAGGCACGCGAGGAGAAGUACACGCUUCUGGGCAAAGGGAUGAGCCUGUGUGUGUGCUACUCUGCCAGCAUCGGGGGCACUGCCACUCUGACGGGCACCACCCCCAACCUCAUCAUGCAAGGCCAGCUCAAUUCGAUCUAUCCAGAUAACGGCGGCGUUGUCAACUUUGCGAGCUGGUUUGGGUUCGCCUUCCCCAACAUGGUGUUGAUGCUUAUCUUCUCCUGGUUGUGGUUGCAGUUCAUGUAUCUGGGUUUAAAUCUGAAGAAGUCCUUUGGUUGUGGCACCAACAACGAAGGCGACAAGGAGGCCUACCAGGUGAUCAAGGACGAGUACAAGAAGCUGGGCCGCAUCUCAUUCGCCGAGGGCUCUGUGCUGGUCAUUUUCGUCUCCCUGGUGGUGUUGUGGUUUACCAGGGAGCCGGGCUUCAUGCCUGGAUGGGCCUCCGCAAUCUUCAAGGGCUCAGAGUAUGUCUCAGACGGCACCGUGGCCAUCUUUAUGUCAGCUCUGUUCUUCGUCAUCCCCUCUAAAUGGCCAUUCACAUGCUCAAACGGCAACGGCACCGACAAUGACGACAGAGACAGUGACAGCAGCAGUGACAGUGACAGCGAUAAUGAUGAAGAGGACAACAAAGACAAGAAGAAGAAAUCAAAGAAAUCAGCAGGACUGAAGGAGAUCCGACCGCUGCUGACCUGGGACGUGGUGCACCAGCGCAUGCCCUGGAACAUUGUCCUGCUGCUGGGUGGAGGCUUUGCCCUGGCCAAGGGCAGUGAGGCGUCUGGACUGUCCAUGUGGCUGGGGGAGAGCCUGGCUCCGCUGGAGGAGAUCCCUCCGUUCGCCAUCUCCCUGCUGCUGUGCCUCCUGGUGGGCACCUUCACCGAGUGCUCCAGCAACACGGCCACCACCACCCUCUUCCUGCCCAUCCUCGCCUCCAUGGCCACUGCUAUUAAGCUCCACCCCCUUUACGUUAUGCUGCCCUGCACCAUUUCCGCUUCGCUGGCCUUCAUGCUGCCAGUGGCCACACCCCCCAACGCCAUUGCCUUCUCCUAUGGCAACCUCAGAGUCAUGGACAUGGCAAAGGCUGGCUGCAUUCUCAAUGUGAUUGGCAUUCUCACAAUCAACUUGGGUAUCAACACCUGGGGCAAAGCCAUGUUCCAACUGGAUACCUUCCCAACGUGGGCCUUCAACACAACUAAGCCCGCUAUAUGAACCAAGGAGAUUAUCGCUGCUACACUGCUAAAAUGAACAGAGAGAGAGAGAGAGAGAGAGAUAGAGAGAAGUGUGAAAGUAAGUGAGAAAGUAAGUAAGUAAGUUAAGUGAGCAAGUUAGUAUGUUAAGAAAGAGAGAAAGAAGGAAAGGAAAAAGAAAGAAAGACAGGAAGUGAGAGAGAUGUACUGUACACGACAACGCACACACAGAAAAAGAUCACCUAGUAUUUAUUAACUUUUUUUAUUCUUGUGUGUUAAUAUGUUUCAUCCUUGAUGAUAAAACUUGAUAUAAUGGCAUAAACAAUCAAGGAUAGUGAUCAUAAGGUCCAAAGGUUAACAAGGUAUUUAUGGCUGUAGGGCUAGGCUUACUUGUGUAAGUCUAACUGAGCUCAUUGUUAAACUGAUAGAAUAUAUUGAAUUAAACAUUUGAAUUAUCCUGAGCCACUGACAGAAAGUGCCUCAAUAUAAUUCAAAUGAAUUAAUAGACGAUUUCUGUAGAUUUCAGCUUGGUCCUUUUGGGAUCUUAUAAAUCACCUGUGAUGUGAAUUCAUGAUGUAGGGACAAAAUGCUGAUGCUGGCGGCAGGUAUAAACACGUACCGCCAUUUUAAUGUCUUGAUAGAUAAACUAUCAUAGACACAUGACACUUUAUGGUUGCUUAAAAAGAUCAACAGAGUCAGCAAAUUCCAGUGUUUCCUUGAGUUAUGGACAAAAUGAAAUGUUUAUACAUAGUUUUAUAAUAUAUGGCCAUCAUAUUUAAAGACAUUUUGUAAGACUAAAUAAUGUAUUUGUAUGUAAAUAAAGAGUUG